AUGGCCGACCAAAUCAAUAAGUGGUCUGCCGGGGCCCACUAUGGCCCAGUGCUCUCUCAGACGGACCUCUACCUGCUCAACACCGACCUAGAGUUACAUCCAAUUAUGGCUGGAAAAGACGGUGGAUUCCAUCUUGUGUUCAACGUGGUAACAGGUCAAACAUCGGGCUUCAACCCAGACGCGCGCGAUCGUGAUUUGCAGUUCACCGCGAAAGACCAGCCCGCGACGCUCCCACGUGUUUCCUCGCUCAUCAUCAUAACUGAGGCCAGUCCGUGGUGCACAGUUGUCCAAAACGAGCGGGGAGUCACGAUGGACGACAUUUGCAUCAAGUUGUAUCGAGACUACUCAGAACAUAACGUCACAGACGCCGAGUUUGCUGCACUCGCGCCGAGACUACAGGAGCAAGUGAAACGAAUGGCUGCCCACAAUGCGGCAGCGGGGGCUGGGCCUGGUGGAGCUUGGGGCAAUUAUUAUGGGACCCCUGCGGCGCCUCCCGCUAGAUUCAAGAGAUCUGACUGGCUUCGCGAACGGACAUUUUUUGAAGGCUUGCGUAAGAAUGACGGCUACGCAGUAAGUCGACUGGGCUUCAAGGCUCCGAAUAUAUUCGUCAUGGAUCUGGUUGCAUGA